CAAUAGAAGAAGAGAUCAGCUGAUCAAAUCAAACAGGACCUGAUAAACAGCAACUGUGUUUUCUUCUUCUGAUUUAGAUAAAGCUGGAGGAUUUUGGUCGACGUUUCUGUUCAUGAAUUAAAUUCGGGGCGACAUGAAAGGUUUAUACGGCCGAGCUGCAGAGGGCGACGCUGAGCCCAAGUUUGUAAUUCAGGAAACGACUCUCCCAGAUGUUUUAGGCAGCCAUCAGGUCAGAAUGAAGGUCAAAGCAUGUGGACUCAGCCCUCUAGACUUCAAGUUGAUUCAGGAAGUGGGGAUCCAGAGGGAUUUCAUUCCUGUUGGCAGAGAGGUGGCAGGCGUCGUCCUUCAAGUUGGACCCAAAGUGACCUUCUUUCAGCCAGAGGACGAGGUUGUAGGAGUUCUUCCUCUGGACUCACCUUGUUCUGGACUCUGUGAAGUCAUUGACAUAGAUGAGUACUAUAUAGUUCAAAAGCCAGAGAAGCUCAGCUCUUUGUGUGCGGCGGGAGCUCUGCGUGACGGCGUCUGUGCCUACACUGCCCUACACACACACGCCCGCAUGGCAGCUGGACACACACUCCUGGUGAUGGAUGGGUCCAGCUCUUUUGGCCUCAUGUGCGUCCAGCUGGCCUGUUACCACGGAGUCAAGGUUCUCACCACGUCACACUCGCCGCAGAAACAGGCCUUCCUGGAGCAGCUUCGGCCCAGCGUAGGCAUUCAAGAUCCUUUAGUAGCCAGAGUCAUUCCGGUGCAUAACGGAUCAUCGGACCUGCUGUCGGUGGUUCUGGAGGAGACGGGAGGACUGGGAGUGGAUAUAGUUGUGGAUUCUGGAGUUUGUCUCCACGGAGACGAAGAGGAGGAGGAUAAGAAAUUACUCCCCCAUAAGCAUGACAUCAUCAGUGUGCUCGGAGUGGGAGGGCACUGGGUCACCUCCCACAAAAACCUGCAGUUGGAUCCUCCAGACUGCAGGUUACUACAUUUAAAAUCUGCCUCUGUGUCUUUCCUCAACCCUGAGGUCUGGACGACCUCAUCGGCUCAGCAAGGACGGUACCUCCAUAUUCUAAAAGACAUUAUGGAGAAGAUGUCAGCUGGAGUUCUCAGACCUCAGAUGGAGGACGCUGUUCCUCUCUAUGAAGCCACAGUUGCCAUGGAGACUGUCCAGCGUCAUCCCAAGAAAAAGGCUGUCGUUCAGCUCUAGGCG